AUGGAGCCCCUGCAGCCGGACCCGAGCGCGGCGGCGGCGGCGGCGGCGGCCGAGGGUUGGCCGGCGGCCGAUCUGGAGGCCAAGGUGGACGUCCUCAUGUUGCUGCGCAUGAGGGACCAGAUGAAGCAGCAGCUCAUGGAGUGCAGCACUGCAGUUCGUGCCAGUCAAGAAAGUUGCCAUGAUCAUGUCAUUGAAGAAAACUUUAUCAAGAAUGCCACACAAGAUUUGGAAAGAGAUGUGGAGGAAGUAAAAGUCUCUUUCCAGAACAAGACAUUAGCCUUACAAAGGAUGCAACUCAUGUUUGCCCUGAGAAACAAAAUGAAGCAAAAUGAUAAUGACUCACGACUGAUCGUGGAAACUAUGAAACGCAUAGUACUGCUCAGUCAGGCAGUAAUUGAAUCUCAGCAGCAAGCACGUGAGAAGGAACAGAAAUUGAUUGACAUUAAAAGGAAAAGACUCUCACUAAAAAAAGCCGGAAGACAGAAACUACUGCAAAUUCAUACCAUGAUGAAAAAACAAAAGGAGGAACAAGCAAGUAUGGAAGUGACCGAAAUGCUGGAGAAGAUACGUAAUAACUUACAAAAAGAAAGAGCGAUGACUACAGUAAUUCAAAAUGUAUUCCAGAAUAUCAUAAUUGGAAGCAGAAUUAACUGGGCAGAAGAUCCAUCUUUAAAGGCAAUUGUUCUACAGCUUGAAAAAAAUGUCUGUCUCCUGUGAGUCGAGAGAAACAGUGUUUAAUUUUAUACAGUGUAUGUAAUCAAUGUACUGAACUUGAUAGAUUAAUAUGCAUCAUGAAAGCACACUUUAUGAAUUUGAAAAUUUAAACUUUCUGGAAGUUGCUGUUCUCUCUAGAGACACAACUCUAUUGAAAUGAAAUUUAAUUCCCGGUACACAACAAAUGUUUGAAGAGCUAGCAUAGGUAGUUUCAUCAGCUGAAGAGCCACUUCAUAGCUGUCCUGUCCCAAGUGCUCACGUCCCUCUGAAAGGCAGCAAUAACACAAGAAAGAAGAGUAAUCUGUACAUUUCAAGGUUUUGUGUAAAAUGGGCUUAAUCCAAGGCUCUGCUGUUUCUGUCCCCUUCUGGGCACCAGCAGGCUGCAGAGCUCAGGCAGGAUGCAUGACCCUGCUCUGCCCCUGUGGAAAGCCCAAACCGGACAGCUUAGUUAAGUCGGUCUUUGGUUUUUGCCUUCCUUUUUUUCUUAUUAAAGCAUUACAUACCAUUUGAAGCACCGAAAAGUUUAUGCUUUUAAUUGUAAAAGUGGCUUGUGACUGUGCUGUGUGUUGAUUAGUUAAGCAGAGCAUCCAGCAGCAGACGCAACCUGUAGAUGCAAAAUAACAACCCUAGGGAAAAUGCAGGUAAAAUGGAAGAGGUGACUUCGUGCUAUCCACUAUGUAGCUAAGCAGUAUUUUAAAUAUAUUUUUUCAUUGACAAUUGCAUUUUUGCUUUAUGUUUAAAGAAAAUUGACCAAAUCAUGUGUAACACGUUAAAAUAUUGUCACUUCUAAUCUGGUAGGUCAAUAUCAGCUUUUAAAAGGCAGAUGGGAUGUGUCUUGAUCGAACAAAAAUAAAAUGCAGACUUA